AUGGAGACCAUCCAUCAUUUCAUACCUCAGGACAAUCCAUAUCAGAUACGAACGAAAGAUUCGGAAGAUGGAGUGGAGGAGAAGAAGAAGGUAACAGCACAGUACACUCUUGUAAGCGUUUAUUCCUUGAUACAAAGUUGCCGUGUCCUUCAUUCUUGAUAUGCUUUUAGAUAGAAAGGGAAGAGGUGCUACCUAAAGGUUAUUCUUGGUACAAUGAUCAGAUUGCUGGGCACAACAUCAAUGUCAUCAAAGAUGGGAAAUGUCAAAUUGGUUUGUAGUCCCUUUACAUAUAUUUCUUUAUGAAUUUAGGUAUAAUCAAAAAGGAUGAAUCCAAAAUCAUGAAGCUCCGAAUGCCUUUCGAAAGAGGUGAUAGUGAAGUACGUCCGUUACCUUUCUAUCUUGAUGCCCAUUUAGGUUUGGUUUUAUCACAUGAUCCAGAAGGUGGCCGGUGAUUGUGAUUCUUCUCCUUCUGAUAAAUUAACAUUGGCGUUCAGAGAUUUAAUCCCUUUGGUACCUCGGUUUUAUGGACUGGAAAUGUUGUCCCUCUCUGGAAUAGGUAGGCGGAGGAAUCUAACCAACAAAACACAAGUGCAGACAGGCAAUUCCUGAUCCUGGAAGAUCUUCUUGCGACUUAUAAACAGCCAUGUAUAAUAGAUGUGAAGAUGGGGAAGGUCUCAUUCGAUCCUCUGGCUUCUGAGCAGAAAAAGAAACAGGAACUUAGCAAAUCUGCAUAUCAACAAAUUUCGGGAUUCAGAGUUCUUGGAUAUCGGGUACAUAAAAAGGGGAAGUUGGACACGAAAGACCGAAUUUGGGGGAAAUCUCUGGAUGGGAAAACAGUGGAAGACGGUGAGUCAUCUCCGUUGGCAAUUCCAAUAUUCUAGGGUUCAAAGAAUUCUUGGCCGCCGACCGAGAAGACAAAGAAGCCGCCAAGGGUCUCUUAAAUGAACUGAGGAAGCUAGAAAGGUAAGUCGCUCAUUCACUUCAUAAAUUAAGAAAAUAUCAAUGUGAUUUUAGAUAUUUCCUGACCCACAGUCAACUCCAGUUCUAUGCAAGUUCCAUUUUACUAAUCUACGAAGGUAAUGAAUCACUGCCAGCCAAUGAAAAACUAAAGUUGAUCGACUUUUCCCAUGUUUUCCAAUGCCCAGAUACCCCCGAUCUCAAUUACAUUCCCGGUAUACAAACCUUGAUCAACAUAUUUGUAAAUAUUUUGAAAUAA